AAAAAAAAGACUUACACAAUUAAAGGCAGAAAUUUUGAAUAGAGAACAGCAUUGAACAUACAACAUAAACUAAUUAAAAAUAAAGUUUAUUUUGAAAUUCAGGAUUCCUUAUGCGGGAAAUGUUUUUCUAUGCUUUAUUUCGCAAAAGAUAUGUGGAGCUGCCCAUUUUUAGAUAAAAUAAUGUUUUAAUAAAUUUCAUGAAAAAAAAGGCAACAAGCUCUUUCAUUUAUUUUGAUGUUCGAGUUGUAGGUCAUAUCAGAGGCAUAUAAUGACUACAUGUGUCAUCAACGAGAGGCUUUGAACACCCCGCCCCCUGAACCUGAUUCAGAUGAUGAGAUCAUUGAGGAAAACAAUGAACAUGAUGAAGCUCCAACAGUUGGGGAGAAAAGGGAUGCAUGUAUGCAGACCGAGAUAAAAAAGGUUUAUGUAAAGAGGAUCCAGACAGAAGAGUUAGACUUGAAACCAAUCCAGAGGACUAUUGGUACAAUGACAGAUUUCCGUCAAACGCCAGUCCUGAAAUUAACUGCAACUAUGACGGAAGAUGUGGUCCAGAAAUCUGUGGGAACUGAGACUGAUGCAGCAGUACUGCCCCUCCAGUGCAACAGUGAAGAUCAACAAGACACAGACUCGGAGGACAGUUCUGACGAGGAAGAUGAAGAUUGGCUUCCAGAUGAUGAAUCUGGUGAUGACUAUGAUGAAGCAGUUGAUGAACUGGAUAUCACAGACCAUCAAGAAGACCGAGCCCAUAGAGAGAGGAAAUGCAUAGUUUAUGAGAGUUGCUUGAAAGAACUUUUGUCACCCUGUAGGAGUUGUCAAGAGCAUUGCAGAGUUGUGAUAAAGAGCAGGCUGGGGUCAUUUGUGCGUUUGUUGUCUUCCUGCGCUGCUUGUGGAUUUGUGUUCACUUGGGGUAGCCAGCCAUUGACUUCCAGGCUACCUUCUGGGAACUUGGAAGUAGCAGGGAGUAUUUUAUUCUCAGGAGCUAGUGUAUCCAAAGCUCUUCAACUAUUUAACAAUAUGAACAUUAUGUGCAUUAGUGAAAGGACAUUCAGGUAUAUUCAGAGUUCAUAUCUUAUCCCUGCGGUGCGGAACAUCUGGAUAGAGUACCAGAGAGCUGCACUGCAACAGUGUGUUGCCAGAGACGUCAAAGUGGGUGGUGAUGCUAGGUGCUGAAGUCCUGGACAUUCAGCAAAGUAUGGCAGU